AGGGGAAUAAUAGUAACAGUGAGGGUGUGGGUAAGGGCCAAUUAGAAUAACAGUGGAGAGGGUAACAACGAGGGUUGUGGAGAGUAACACUGAGGGUCGUGACUGGGUAACAGUCAAAGUCAGUAAGAGUGUGGGUGAAAGUAACAGUGAGUUUGUGAAUGAAUGAGUAUCAAUGGGAGUGAGGGGACAGAUUUGAGAGGAUAAGUAUUAUAACUGUGAAGAGGAGGGUCAAGUCUGUAACAGAGAGAGUGACGGUAACAAGUUUGUGUGAUCUGACUUGUUGCUUUCUGGACAUAUGAUGUAUCGAGCACAGCUUUGUACUGCUGAUGAAGAGAGGAUAGUCACUGACUUGGAGAAAUGUCACUUUGUUACGGUUUUUCGGGAAUGUGAUUUGGGUCAAAAAGGCUACCUGAGCAGAGAGGACCUCAAGGUUGCGGUGGUAGCUGCGUUUGGAUAUAAACCUUCAAAGCUCGAGAUAGAUAUGAUGAUGGCUGGAGCAGUGGAAAAUAAUUUGCCAGGCCUGCCCCUUGAACAGUUCACAGCUCUGAUGAGCAGGAAGCUGGCAGCCCAAGACCGCUACGACGAGAUACGGCAGAUCUUCUCAGCGUUUGACGCACGCUGUUGUGGUUUUCUGACAUUGGACGACUUUAAGAGGGCAUUUGCAGACGUUACACCCCAUCUGCCUGAGCAAACUGUGACCGAAGCUUUCAGUGUCAUUAUAAGACUUCAUCUGUCUUCCUGCAGGGAAGUGGAUCGAGAUUUGGAUGGCCACGUCAGCUUCAAGGACUUUGAGAUUGUCAUGCGCCAUGAAUGACAAUCUAAUGAAGCCUGGAGUGAGGAAGGAUGUUGCAGAUCUUUCAGCCCCAAGGGCAACAACACUGCUCCCUCAUGAAUGGGGAGUGACCUGGGAGACAAAGCCAUUGCUCAAUCAGAAAUGUCACCCAAAUGCAGUUUAUAUAUUUCAUGUUCUCCCUCCAACUGCAGCAGUGAUUCAAUAUUCAAUGUGGUAUUUGUGUACUUCCAGGAACAUGUAGCUUUGUUACAAUGAAUGCAAUAAACUUGUUGUCUUGUAUGUUCAGCAUCAUAUCUCGGUUCUAGUGGCAGAUUCAAAGUGAAUGGUUUAGUUCUCACACCAUCUGCAGUCUCCUGAAAACAUAGAAAUAAGGAGUAGCAUCUGGUCAUUCAGCCUCCUGGGUCUGCUCUGUCAUUCAUGGGCAUACAGCACAGAAACAGACCCUUCGGUCCAACUUGCCCAC